AUGGAGAUUGAUUAUCGCUCUCGGCUAACAGCUGUUUUAGAUGUUGUACGAAUUCUUUUGGUGCAAGGUCUUGCAUUCCGUGGUCAUGAUGAGUCUUCUAGCUCUAAAAAUAAGGGAAACUUUUUGGAGAUACUCAAUUGGUAUGCAAAAAGGGUUGAGAAGGUUGGGAGUGUUAUUAAUGAAAAUGCUCCUGGGAAUAAUCAAUUAACUUCUCCAUUGAUUCAAAAACAGUUGGUGAAUGCAUGUGCCACAGAGACAACAUUAGCAAUUAUUAAUGAAAUUGGCGACAGUAAUUUCUCACUAAUUGUUGAUGAGUCUCGAGAUAAAUCAAUAAAGGAGCAAAUGACAGUGAUUUUGAGGUUUGUGGACAAGCAAGGCCUGGGUGUUGAAAGAUUUCUUGCGAUUCAGCAUGUAGCAGACACUUCAGCAUUUUCUCUAAAAGCAACUUUGGAUGAAUUAUUUGCUCGCCACAAUUUAUCAAUUUCAAAAUUGAAAGGACAAGGGUAUGAUGGAGCCUCAAAUAUGAGAGGAGAAUUUAAUGGUCUGAAGACAUUGAUUUUAAAAGAAAACCCUUUUGCAUUUUAUAUCCACUGCUUUGCCCACCAACUACAAUUAGUAAUUGUUUCAGUUGCCAAAAGUAUUCUAGUUGUUUCCGAUUUUUUUAAUUAUACAAAUAUGAUUGUGAAUAUUGUUGGAGCUUCAUGUAAAAGAAAAGAUGCAUUGCUUCAAACGCAUCAUCAAAAAAUUGUAGAAAGAUUAGAGACUGGUGAGAUUAUUUCAGGGAAAGGCAAGCAUCAAGAGACAAAUCUCGCAAAAGCAGGAGAUACUCGUUGGGGUUCACAUUUUACAACUUUGAUUCGUCUCCUAACUAUGUGGGAAUCCGUUUUGGAGGUGUUACAAAAUGUGUGCCAAGAUGGAUCAGUUGCAGAUCAAAAAGGUUUGGCAUCAAGUUUGAUUAGUAAAAUGGAAAGCUUUGAGUUUGCAUUUGUCUUGCAUUUGAUGAUGAAAGUAUUGGGGAUUACAAAUGAAUUAUCAAAUACUUUACAACAGAAAGAUCAAAAUAUUGUCAAUGCCAUGGCGUUAAUUGAUACUGUAAAAGAUCGUAUCCAAGAUUUAAGGGAUAACAGAUGGGAUGAGUUAUUAGAAAAGAUUUGA